UUUUACGCUGUACGUGAGAGAGGCUUGUCAUGCACUUUCUCUGAAAUGACUGAUCCCUGUCUAACUCCUAGGCUACAUUGUGUUUCAUGUAUGCUCGGGGCAGCUUCACGGUGAGAUCGGUUUUAGCAAUAUGCUAUUUCAAAGGAAAAGUGGCCAGCUGUGUGGUGCACUGAGCGAUUUCGACCUCGCCAUUACCAAACCGUGCUCCGGAACGUCUCCAGCAUCUCCAGCAAAAAUUCUCACAGACGCCCCAUUUAUCGCCCUUGAUCUCCUCAACGAACCCAGCGCUGUUCCCAGAUAUCGACACGACCUGGAAUCAUUCCUCUACGCGAUUACCUGGUGCGCAUCACGGUAUGAGGGUGGAAAAGAGAUUGCUAGGGCUCCGCUGGACGACUGGGGAUAUCCAGCAGGUGAUGCCAAAUUUGCCAAGGCAAAAUUUAUGUUCGGUGUCUUUGAUUGCAAGUAUGAUAGGUUGCUACCAAGAAAAGCAAGGAUGCUCGUGUGGCCGCUGUGCUAUUUCCAGAUGACAUUUAGAGAUGGGAUGUUGAAACGGAAACCGUACGAGCAUAGAGAGCAAAUAGAUGAAGAAACGUUCGGGGGAGUGGUCACUCUUAGUAGGAUAGCCGAGGUGAUAAACGAAGGCAUAGAGAUGAUCAUGCGGGAUAGUAAACUCGAAAUGACGGACGCAUUGAUAAAUGAAAUGAGAGAGGAUGCAAAGAAAUUUGGAGAUUCUCGGGAAUUGGAUAAGAAAUGUUUGCUGAAUCUGAUGGGAAUGGGCAUACGACUGUAGAUUCAGAGUGGUUGGGAUACUGAGCGUGUAUCCUUUGAAAAGCUUGUGUGGGAUUGAUGGUAUGGCAAAGUUAUAUUUCGUAAACGGUCCAUGAGCUCGUGAUUUAUUGGCCAAAAUCCCAAGUCUUUUGCUUGACUAGGGAGGACGUGCGCUUCUGAGCUGUGAUUUUUUUGGUUCUGCACAAAUCAAGCCGCUUCCCGU